AUGGCGCUGAACGGGGGAUCCUCCCUGGAACCUCCCCCGCCACCACCGGGACCUUCCCGGGGACCCCCGCCCGCCAUCCCGGGGCCGCCCUGCGACCCCCCAGGGCCCCUUCCCGCCUCUCCGAGUCCCCCCAGCUCAUCCCAGUCCCCCCUUCAGCCGCGGUUUGGGACCCCUCCGGCACGGACGAGGCCGAGGCGCGGCGGGAGCGGCUGGACCGGGCGAGCCGGCCAUGGGGGCGCUGCUGCUCCGGGGUUACCGAAUGCUGGGGAGCUCCUGCCCGGAGUGCGGGACGAUUCUGCUGCAGGACAAGGAGCAGCGGCUGCUGUGCGUGAGCUGCCAGGACCCCGAGGGGGGACACGCUGCCGCCCCCCCCCCCCCGGCCCUCCCCGCCCCGAGCGCUGCGAGGGCGCGGCCGCCGCGUUCCGGGGCUCCCCCCCCGCCGCCCCGGAGCCUCCCGGGGCCGAUCCCGGCGCCGAUGACGGCACCGGAGCCGCGGUGGCGGCGGCGCGGGCGGCGCUGCUGCAGAAGCUGCUCUGGGCCGCUCGGGAGCUGCCCCGCAGCGGCUCCGUGGAGGGCAGCGCCCGCCUCUGCCGCCUGGUGCGGGACUGCGCCCUGGCCCUGCGGGGGCUGCGGGACCUGGAGCCCCCGGGAGCCACCCCGGACCCCCCCCGGGGCAGUUUUGAGACAUUCUGAGACCCCCGGGAGCCACCCCGGGGCACCCUGAGAGCCCCAGGAGCCGCCCUGGGACACCCUGAGACCCCCGGGAGCCACCCUGGACCCCCCCAGGUCAAUCUGAGACCCCCGGGAGCCACCCCGGGACACCCUGAGAGCCCUGGAACCAUCCCAGGGCACCCUGAGACCCCCGGGAGCCACCCUGGACCCCCCCCCCAGGACUCCCUGAGACACCCGGGGCACUCUGAGACCCUCCCAGGACAUUCUGAGACCCCCAGGAGCCACCCCAGGGCACCCUGAGACCCCCCGGGACACCGUGAGCCCCCCCUGACCC